AUGAAUGCCCAGGAGCUCACUCACUACCUGGCUGAUGCGCCGCCCUCGGUCGUGAGACUGGAGAUUGAGAAGCACUUUGAGCCUCUCACCGACAAGCAGAAGCGCUAUGCGCACUUCAUCAGCAAAGCCUCAUUUGCUGGCACCCGCAUUGUGCUCAGACAGCUUUCCCCUGAAUCCGAGCCCAUCUACGACUUCAUAGUUGCCUUGCACAAGUCUAGCGGAGGCGAUUGGAGCGGCCUCGCCAAGAAGGCCGGUGUCGAUGAGACCCAGUUGACUUACUUCCUUGAGUAUGCUGCCCAGUUCUUGGGAAACAACGGCAACUACAAGAGCUUCGGCGACGCCAAAUUUAUUCCUAGAGCUGAGGAGAAGACCUUUGCAGCUCUUGCUGCCACCUCGCCCGAGGCUGAGCGUUUCUACAAGGCAACCAACGGCGCCAUCUUCAGCUCCGACAAGCAAUCUCUGAUGCACCUUGGAUAUCCUGACAAGGGCCACAUGACUACCUACUACCCCGACUCCCCUCACAUUACCAAGGAUGAGAUUGAGGCCGUGUCCGCAUGGAUGGAGAAGAAGGGCCUCCUUCCCGAGAACACCCGUCUCCGCAAGACCAAGGAGGGUUCUUUCGAGCUGCUCAUUGCGUCUGCCGUCACCACUGUUCCCGCUGAUGGAGGUGAUACCGGCAAGCAGACUGAGUUCCAGUUCGAGGAUGGCCUUCUCAAGGACAAGGCGAUCAAGCUGGUGUACGGAGACUAUGCUGCAGAGAUGAAGGCCAUUUCGGAGUACAUCAAGAAGGCGCAAGAGAACAGCGAUAACGAGACCCAGGCGAAGAUGCAUGAGGCUUAUGCGAAGUCCUUCACGUCCGGCUCUCUGCUUGACUUCAAGGACAGCCAGAGAUACUGGAUUAGAGACAAGGGUCCCAUGGUUGAGUCAAACAUUGGUUUUAUUGAAACCUAUAGAGAUCCCGCGGGCAUCCGUGGCGAGUGGGAGGGCUUUGCUUCAGUUGAGCGUACUCGUGCUUUCGGCGAGCUUGUCUCAUCUGCACCCAAGUUGAUUCCUCUGCUUCCUUGGAGCAAAGAUUUCGAGAAGGACAAGUUCCUUUCUCCCGAUUUCACGUCUCUUGAGGUUCUGACAUUUGCGGGGUCUGGCAUUCCUGCCGGAAUCAACAUCCCCAACUACGAUGACAUUAGGCAGACGGAGGGCUUCAAAAAUGUUUCCCUUGGCAACGUUCUGAGCGCCAAGGCCCCCAACGAGAAGAUCCCAUUCAUCUCGGAAGCAGACUUGGAGCUGUACCACAAGUACAGAGACCCCGCCUUUGAGGUCCAGGUCGGACUGCACGAGCUGACCGGCCACGGUUGUGGCAAGCUCCUCCAGGAGACCUCUCCUGGGACAUUCAACUUCGACGAGAAGAAACCCCCCAUCAGCCCGUUAACCAACAAGCCUGUUACCACUUGGUACAAGCCUGGUCAGACCUGGGGGUCCGUCUUCGGCAGUCUUGCUGCUUCGUACGAGGAGUGCCGUGCCGAGCUUGUUGCCAUGUACCUUGGUUGCGAGUUCCCUGUUCUCAAGAUCUUCGGCUUUGGCGACGGAACCACAGACAUCAACAACGAGGCCGGCAACGUCUUGUAUGCUGCUUACUUGCAGAUGGCCCGUGCCGGUCUUGUCGCUCUGGAGAUGUGGGACCCCAAGAGCCAGAAGUGGGGUCAAGCGCACUCCCAAGCUCGUUUCUCCAUCCUGCAGUGCUUCCUCCAAGCUGGCGAUGACUUCUGUAAAUUGGAGUACAAGAACGACGACUUGUCUGACCUCGAGAUCAAACUCGACCGUUCCAAGAUUUUGACUACUGGUCGCGAUGCCGUGGGCAAGUACCUCCAGAAACUUCACGUGUACAAGGCCACUGCCGACGUCGACAACGGCACCGCCUUCUAUAAGGAGAUGACCGACGUCGACAUGGACUUCUGGGGCACCAAGGCUAGGAAUGUUGUCCUGAAGAACAAGCAGCCCCGCAAGGUCUUUGUCCAGGCCAACACCUUCCUAGACGAGGCAUCGGGUAAGGUCAGCCUGAAGCACUACGAGGCGUCCCCAGCCGGCAUGAUCCAAAGCUGGGUCGACCGCGAGUUGUGA